UUCUCUGAAUCAGUAGUGACUACAACUUGUUAGGGGUAGGGAUCUAUACUUUCGACGGCAUGAUGGCGUGAAAGUUUACCUACAAACCCGUGCUCUGUAUUUCACUUUUAAAUCGCUGUGCUUAUCUCUCGCCAUGGCCAUUGCAAGUUCAAUUCGUGAUUGCAAUGAAAGCUUGUGUAGUUCCCCUGAUGAAUAUGAGCACGAAGAGCUUGAUCCAAGAGUUAAGGUCGAGUUGGACAGACUCAAUGGCGCCACAGAUGAGAUCAACAAACUCGAGUCGGCCCUGGAGGAUGCGAACAACAGCUUCCGCCACGACCUGAGCGAGGCUAGCAGCAGCCUGCAGUUGCUGGGGCGCAAGCUAGGCAGUGCUGUGGAGAAGGCCAGGCCGUACUUUGAAGCCAUGCAGCAUGCCAGGAAACUGCACCUCGACUGCCAGAGAACGGCUGUGCAAUACCAGAGAGCUAAUUCCGUGCACCAAGCGGCGCGCUCCACCAUCUCCCUGGCCGAGGAACGUUUCUCCAACGCUCAUCUCAACCAGCGCCAGUUUGACCCCGCCUGGCAGGAAAUGCUCAACCAUGCAACCAGGAAGGUACUGGAAGCUGAGGCUGGUCGCAGUGCCAGUGAGCGAGAGCACGAGAAGCGAGCAGCUGCCUUCACGGCCGCCCAGCAGCGGGUUGCCGUCUUGGGUCGUCAACUGAAAAGCUCCAUCGACAAAGCGAGGCCGUACUUCGAGCAGAAAGAUAAUUUCGACGCUCAGAUGGAGCAGAUGAGCCUGCGUGUAGAGGAGCUACAGAGAGCGGUUGCCAACGCCAAGCUCUCGUACUCGCACGCUCUCAGGAACCUCGAGAGAAUCUCGGAAGAAAUCCACGAGCAGCGGCGGUACGGCGGCAUGGAGAACCUCACACGUGAGCCCGGCGUGGGAGCUGAAGACAAACAAUUUACGGAAUCCAGCUUAUCGGUGAAUGUCGAUAACAAAGAACCGACAAUAGCAGAGUUAAAAACUAUCCCCGAACCAUUUCGUGAAGCUGACGUUCCUGCUGGCUCUGCUUUGCGAGCAGAAGGUGAAAAGAAAAAGGUUAAUGAGGAUUCAUAUGAGCCAGAAAUGGAUUCUGAUGCCUCGUCACUUGGGGUUCGUGAAUGUGGUUCUGGAGAUGAAAGUCCUCCUGAUCUCCGUGACGAAGUCUUCCCUAUUUUAUGCGGGGGAAAAAACGAUCUCGAAGAUACCAUCACCAAAGAUUGCAUAGAUGUUCCCAGACCGCUUGACCGAGCAGCUAACACUUCAGAUGACCACUCCAUUACAAAAAUUACUCUUUCUCCUCCUCACCAAGAGCUGGACUUGGGAAGCGAAGCGAAACCUGAUCUUCAUACAAAUUUGUCUUAGAGAAAAUCCCUCUCAUAAACUCCCCAAGUGCUAAAUGUGAAAGGCUCCUAGUGCCCAUCUAUUAUCAUUUCACCGAAAGUUUUUUUCUCGCUGAAAACAAGAUUAGCUUGUAUAACAAUUUUUCAACUAUAAUAAUUUUUAAAGUAACAUACGAACGAAGUCAAAUUCGAAAAAAAAUGCUUUCAUCAUUGCCAUUCGUAGCUGCAGAUAAUACCUGCGGUCACAUUCUACCCAUGGAUUGUGACCAAAACCAUUGACAAAUAACAUUGCUGCGUCAAGUUUUCCAAUGCAUUUAUCUCCAUAAAAAAGCGGCUAUUCUUAUUUACUGUGGACAUAGACUAUGCAAUAGAAUCUUGACCUCGAACUGUGACACCAACCUGCUAAUUCAUUUGACUUUAGUCCAAUUCUAUUGCGAGUUAAUGAAGCUUGCCAUCGAUAAUUAUUGUGCUUCCAGCUAGCUAGUAAUUUUCAGGGGUUUGUAUUGUAUUCAUGUAAAUGGGUUGAAAUGUGUUCAUGUCAUGUGUUGGUUUAAAUUGUGUUCAGGUAUUGGUUUGAAUUGUGUUCAGGUAUUGGUUUGAAUUGUGUUCAGGUAAUGGUUUGAAUUGUGUUCAGGUAAUGGUUUAAAUUGUGUACUCAUUUCCUGCUCAGACUCCGUGUAUACAUCUGCUAUGCAAGCGCUCGAGCUUUAUGAAGGUUGUAAGUCCGUGACCUGAGUGAGAUGUUAGUAUCAAAGAGUAGAUGUUAUUUAAUAAUGUUCAUGUUACUAUGCAGCGCCAUGUCGUUCAAUGCAUCAUUUCUUCGUUGCUUCUAUUUCAUCAGUAAGUGCGCGUUCAUAUUACCGCUUUUAACUGUGUUGAUUUUGUUGAUGUUAUGCUACUCGUUUUACGCCUUUUGUAACUGUAAGAGGGCAGAUUUUGAUUGUGCGAUAUCGCCCAGUAUUUAAUUCGACUGCGGUUCAUCGGAUGGACCACUGUGGAUGAGUCGUAUUUGGGAUGCGUAAGAAAUGGGGCGCUAAAUGGCGAGAGGCGUCUCAUCUUCUUCAUGUCAUGUACAACUUAACGGUAAUUAUUCACUGCUUUUGACUAUUUGACAUUGGUUGUACACCAAGUACUUCCUUGAGAGAUAUUUUAAACUCAAUUAAACGGAUCCCCUAUUCAAUAUAAAGGUGGAUGUUGGCCGGGACAUGACUAUAGGUUUUUAAGAUUAGCCUAUAAAUGGAAAAAUCCUGAAAUGAUUCGGUAAUGAUGACAAUGACUUUAUGUAACAAGAUAUAUGAAUUUCCGACUAGAUCUACCAAACUACUAGUGAUUUUUUACCCAUAACUUGUCCAUAUGAACUUUUCUGAAGUGUGUCGACAAUAUAUAGUCGUCAUGUAAAGUCGCACGCCUACGGGCAAUGUCCCAGAGCGUACGUCUCAGAGAGUCGCUUGCUGUACUCGCACGCCGUCGUUUUUAUUGUAGCCAAGAUUUCAACGCUGUUUCUCUGCUGCUGUUUAUGUGCGCUUGAAAUCUGUGACCUUUCAUAAUUUGCUAGCGAUGCUACGUAUGGAAUUUCGUAACUAAUUCGUGAUGAAAUGAGUCCUGUACGUUUGAGGAAUAAUUAUUUAUUGACUUGCAGUGAAUGAAAGAACGAAACUUAUGUUGUCACAGUUGAAGCGUUUUUAACCUUUAACUUUCAUUUUACCAGCACAUUAGUAUUGAUAGAAUGAAUCUGAAAUAAGCCAUGUUAAAAUUGUAAAUUAACCAUGGGUUUCGGACGUAGCAGUCCCAGGCUACGCCGGGGCGUUGCUCACUGUGCUAGAGCUGAGAAUGGAAGUCUAAAUUCAUUGAUUAACCAUUCUUAUAAUACAGCCUGUAGCCUUGUAAAGUUUCGCUAGGGUCAAAGUUUACAUGAAUCGCCUGCACGUUCAGCAAAUGGAGUGAGAUUUCAUCUAAUGGUACGGAGAAAUGGAGAGCUUACGAAUCACAAUUUUGUGGUUGGUCAAUUUAUUCCCUCUCGUGUACAAUUUUUGUUUUGCCUAUUUGACUCGGGAUUUGUUAUCUCCUAUACGCUGGGAAAAAUAUAACUUUUUGGACAAAUUAGUUAGUUGACGUAUUCAGGCAGCGAUAAGGUAAUGACGGUUCUUAUCGCUAAUCUCACUAACUGGUGCCGUAUAGCUUGCGUAUUUUCGUGAUAGGUUGUCAAGUAAGGUAGAACCAGCUCAGUGCAUAAUCUUGUGUUAUUAUUGAUUAACUUCGUUACAUGUGAUUAGCGAAGACCGACAAAUUAGCCAAGUGCCUGUACUCAAUUUGUACUCAAUAUCCCAGCCUCACAUCAAUCGUAUUAAAGAUUAUUUUCUGAU